AUGUCGUUUCAAGCAAUCGUUAUACGGCACAGUGGUCAGUGGAAAUUAACCGAGUAUGAAGGAGGCGAUGAGGUUGUCGUGUACAUGUCUAAGGAAGACCUUUGUCAUGCGAAAUUGAUGCAAGAGGUGCACGAUCAAUUAAACGAGGAUGGUCGAUCCACUUAUAUGCUUUUCUACACAUCGACCACGGACGAAGGGCGAAGAAUAAAAGUGGCUUUGAAGACUGAUUCGGAUUUGAACCGACUGAUUUCCGAGCAUAAGAAAUAUCCCGUUGUUUACGUGAUCGAGAAGGGCAAACAAUCUGCGGCUCCGAUUCCUCAUACUCAAGAGCGGGUAUAUUAUGAGGGACAUCGGUCUACUGUGUUUCCUAUCGAGACGGACGUUGGAAGAAGUAUCCCUACACACGAUGAUAGUAGGGACGAUUCAUCGUCGCAGGAGGAGGAAGACGAGUCCGAGUCUUCGGAUGAGGAAGAAGAGGCGAUACGACGCAGAGAGAUAUUGGAUUCAGUGUCGACUGAACAGGAAGCGUGGAGACAGACAGGGCCUCAGAAUUUCACAUCGGAUGAUCAGCCCGAUGUCGAGCCUCGUGUUGGAGUUCAGCAGCUUGAGGCACGUGACUGGGGGAUUCCAGUCCUCGAUUUUGACGAUGCGCCGGCAUUAGGUUGGGAGGAUUCUAACGUAUUGGAGAGCGGGAUAUUAUCAGUGGGGGCUCUAUUCCGGUCGAAGGAUGAUUUGGCAAUCGCUGUUGGCCUGUACCAUAUGGAGAAUCACGUGGAGUACGCCGUGCAUCGUUCCAGUACGACCCGUUUGUGGUUUGUUUGCAAGCAUGGCAACGGUUGUCCGUUCAUGCUGCGAGCCGUUCAGAGUGCAUCGAUCUGGAGAGUGAUCAAGGUGGUGAUGGAUCAUACCUGCCACACGGAUUUGAAUCGCACUGCCCCGAGACAGAUUCCGGCGAGGGUUGUUGGAAGAUAUUUUGCACGGAAAUUGGUAGGCGAGGGGGUCGUUUUGAAGCCGAAGGAGAUGAUGUCAGAGAUGCAGCGCUUAUUCGGUAUUGAGAUCAAUUACAGCUUCGCUCUCCGCGCAAGAAACAUCGCGAUUGAGAUGACGUAUGGUGAUUUUGGGAACUCGUAUCAGAUGCUCCCAUCGUAUUUGUAUAUGCUGAGAAUGAGUAAUCCCGGCACAUUAUACGACCUUGAGAUGAAGGAUGAUGGCAAGUUCCAUCAUAUGUUUGUUGCACUUGGACAGAGCGUGGCUGCCUUUGAGAAGGGUUACUUGAGGCCGGUCAUCGUCGUAGACGGGACCCAUCUGAAGGGAAGGAACGGCGGCAUUUUGUUCGUCGCUGUUACAAAGGAUGGGAACGAAGCAAUAUUUCCUCUCGCAGUUGGGCUUGGUCCUAUCGAGAACGACGAGUCUUGGACUUGGUUCUUCCACCGACUGCGGACUUGCUUUGGUCAGCCGGAUGAUCUCUUGAUUGUGUCUGAUCAGCACAAGAGCAUCAGAAAUGCUGUGGAGUGUAUCUACCCGAACGUCCCUCACGGGUUGUGCUAUUACCAUAUCCAGAAGAAUCUCGCGCAUUAUGGGCAGCAUGUAGCUGCAGUCUUCAAAGCAGCGGCAUAUUCCUAUCGAUCAGACGAUUUUCAAAGGAAUUUUUCUGCGCUUCAAGUACUGAAAGUCAACGCGUACACACGCCUCGACACUAUUGGUGUGGAGAGAUGGGCCAGGUCCAAGUGCCCUGUACGACGCACGAGCUUCAUGACGUCGAAUGCUGCCGAGACGAUGAACAGUAGACUGUUGUGGGCACGACGCCUCCCGGUUGCUUCAUUGAUCGAGACCUAUCGAGCCAUUAUGGAGAAAUGGUUCGAUAGGCGACGCAUCUCGGCUGCAUCGAGGUCACAUGAGUUGACUGAGGUAGUAGAGGGAAAGUUGCAUGUGGCUGUCGAAGCGGGUCGGCAAUUGGCUGUUCGAGGGACGACGACGCACAUGUUUAGUGUUGAGGAUGAUCAUGCAUUCUACAUUGUCGAUCUCGAAAAUCGGACUUGUACCUCAUUUAUUACAAAUUUUGCAUAUUGA